AAAGAAUACAGAAAAGAAUAUGAAGAAGGAAUCAAAGGAAAGGCAGCUGUGGAUUUAGAGAUGACUCCAGGCUAUUCACACGCCAGGCACGCUACCAGCCUUUUUAAUGAGAAAGAAUACAGGAAGGACCUUGAAGAAGGUAUUAAAGGAAAAGGCCUAACGCUGUUGGAAGACACUCCAGACAAUCAGAGUGAAGAAUGCAGCUUGGAUAUUAAACGAGAAGGAAUACAGGAAGGACCUUGAAAGUGAAAUAAAGGGAAAAGGAAUGGAACUCAUAGCUGACAUUCCUGAUAUCCAAAGAGCCAGGAAGGCAUCACACAUGGCUGGCGAGAAGGAAUACAGGGAGGAUCUUGACAGUGAAAUAAAAGGCAAAGGAAUACAGCUCAGCACAGGUAUUCUUGAAAUGGAGAGAGCAGCAAGAGCCACCGAGAUCACCAGCCAGGUCAGAGGAAACAGACUCAGUUGUUUCCUAGUUUGAAAAAGUACAGAGAUGACUGUAGAUAUGCAAAGAGUAAGGAACUCCCAGAAAAACAUCAGCUCGUUACAGUACACAGCGGAUUCACAAUUACUUAAAGGCACAGUGUCUUCUGUACCAGACACUCCAGAGAUUAUCCUUGCCAAAGAAAACUCUAAAAGGAUUAGCAAUGUGAAGUAUAAAGAUCAGGCUGGAACCGCAACCACUGUGAGCCUGACUCCUGAGAUGGAGAGAGUUAAGAGGAAUCAAGCAAAUCUCAGCUCGGUUAAGUACAACAGUGACCUGAAGGAGCUGAAAGGCAAGCCUUGUGUGAUUGUUGACACCCCAGAGAUGCGGCGUGUCCGAGAAACCCAGAACAACAUCUCUAUGGUCAGAUACCAUGAAGAUUUCGAGAAGACAAGGGGCAAAGGCUUUACCCCAGUGAUGGAUGAUCCCAAUUUCGAGAGAGUAAGGAGGAAUACCCAGGUCUCCAGCGAAGCAGCUUAUAAAGGGGUUCACCCACAUGUUGUAGAAAUGGACAGAAGACCUGGUAUCAUUGUUGCCCCUGUGCUUCCUGGAGCCUAUCAUCAAGGAGGUCAAUCUCCAGGAUUUGGAUACAUGCAUCAGACCAGUAUUGCCUCCAUGAAAUCAAUGCAGUCACCACCACAUUCUGCAACCAUUAGAACAUACCGUGCAAUCUAUGACUACGCAGCACAGGACCACGAUGAAGUUUCCUUCAGGGAUGGAGACAUUAUUAUGAAUGUGCAAUCCAUUGAUCAAGGCUGGAUGUAUGGUACUGUGCAGAGAACUGGUAAAUCUGGGAUGCUUCCUGCAAACUACAUUGAGACUUUGAAUUAAAGUGUUUCCCUCUGCUAAGCCUUUUUUAAUUACAUACAAAUAACCUAAUAAAGGGGAGACAAGUCUAAUUCUAGUCCAAGUCUAAAUAUAUAUAUAUAUAUAUAUAUAUAUAUAUAUAUUGACAGUAUUGUAUAUUAAGCUGUUCUCUAUGGUAUCUCUAAUGCACUGCUGUAUGUGAUUUCUCAUAUUAGGGCACAAAAGGUUUGUAGCUGAAUAAGGCAGUCUGUAAAUGGCAUUCAAAAUAAAUACAGUACUAUUUUUUUCUGUUGCUAAUGCAAAGUCAUGCUGUGGGCUAUUUUGUAAAUCUGGCUUUACGCUUGUGAUAUUUAAGCAAUAGGAUUGUGUUUUUGUAAAACAUGUAUUAUCUACUACACAAUUGUACCAAUGGACAAACACAUGUAACCAUCUCAUCGUUGAAAACCUUCACAUCGCUGUAUGCUUAGCUUGUUGACAGCAUCUGUGGAGGUUGUAUUUGUCCAUAUUUUAUUGUUGGAGUUAAUGCUAUUUUAAUGUAUUUUAUUUAAAAACCUUUUGUGCAUUUCACUAUUUUACUUUACAUAUAGUCCAGCGUGAUGAUGGAACUUCACAUAGCAACAUUGAUUGUUCUAAUGUUUAGUAAUAUGUCAUGCAAAAAUGUGUUGAUAUUUACUGUGUGUCAAGUGCAAAAAUGACUGGCACUGCACAUGCAGGAUUGUAGUUAAUUAAAUAGUAUAGAAUAUUAUUUUUGCAGAAGUGUAUUUGCAUAAUUCUAAAGGAAAGGGUGCCUAUUUUAUCAAAAUGGAAUAAAUUUAAGAAUGUUAGGCUUUUGAUAUGCAAAGGGUUUACUAAUAUAAACAUAUACCAAUA